CCCUGAAGCUGCUACUCUCAUUCCCUUUUCCCUCCCAAUUCUCUCUCCUACUGUUAACGCUCUAUCUCCGGCCACGUUCUGGCUGCGUCGCAACAAUCUCUCACGCCGUCGUCGGUUUUCUCCGGCCACGGCUGCUUCCAAAGGAUGACGACCACGGAGUCUGAUCUCGAUAACGACUUCCCUAAUCUCGACGAGCUCCGGUAUCUGAACCUCGCCGGAACCGAUGUCUUCGCCGCUUUCCAAAAUCUAUUACCGGAUGCUAUGACUUCAUUUUCAACUUGUGGACUGACAGAUCCUUUUUCUUCCCAAAACCUCACUCCCAAGCAUUCCACCAUCACUGCUACAAUAGAUUCCCGAUCUUCCAUUUGUGGCACUGCUAAUGUUGGUAGUCCAGUGUCAGCUAAUAAACCAGAGGGCUGGAAGAAUCAUACGAAAGGAACCACAAGUGGUUCCUCUGACCCAUCUGAUGAAGAUGGUCCUUGUGAACAGAGCACAAAUUCAGUUGAAUUGAAACGUCUUAGAAGGAAGGUUUCUAAUCGCAAUUCUGCCAGAAGGUCAAGAAGAAGAAAACAAGCGCAGCUGGCUGACCUAGAGUUGCAGGUUGAAAAACUAAAAGUGGAAAACGCAACCCUAUACAAGCAGUUCAAUGAUGCUAGUCAACAUUUUCGUGAGGCUGACACGAACAACCGGGUGCUGAAAUCAGACGUAGAAGCUUUGAGAGCUAAGGUGAAGUUAGCAGAGGACAUGGUGACUAGAGGCUCUUUCACUACGUUAAACAAUCAGCUUCUUCCCACACAGUGUCAAAUGAACACACCCCCGCCACUGAACACGACCAAUCUCCGCCGCAUGGCGCAGGUUUCGCCAACCAUCACCGUGCAUGGAAAUGAUGGCUCAUACAACGAUGCCACAGUUUGUGUACAGAAUUCAGACCUCGGAAACUUGGACAUGAAUUUCAACGACAUGAACAAUGUGAACGGAGUUAUGAGCGAUGGCAUGAGUUGUGGGAGUAUUUGGCCACCUUUUUAGACUCUUUAGUAUCCUCCCAGUAGAUUGAUCAGCUCUAUGUUUUACGUGUUGUCUUGUUAGAUCAGUAGGGUAUGUUAUUGUGUCUUUGCUUUGUUUCUGUUAAUGAUGCCUGUUUAAAAUGGUGUCUUUCUUGGUUUUGUUGUAUCUAGUUUUGUAUAAAAGGACUUGGUUGCUUUAUCCAUUUUGUCUUCUUGUUGUAAUUGUAUAAAAACAAAUAUCUCACUUUGCUGUCA